GAAUGAGACUCUUUUGAAAGUGCUGCUAAAUUGCGAGUUUGGCCGCCAAUCAACUUAUUCGUUCAUUCAGCUGACGCGUGCAAGUAAGCGCGUGCCUGAAACGGAAAAGGUUUUCUUGAACUGACCAUUUUUUUCUUCAAGCCAGCAUAGAUUGUCCGCCCGCUCUGCCGCAGCCGCCUGUGAAAUGAGAUCCAACCCGUUCUGAGGCGCGCAGACUUCCUCAACCUGCUCGCCGAGCAGGAAACCCGAGCGGCCGGCCGCCUGGCUUCUCCGCAUCUCCGAGCGCCUGCCCGCCACCAUGAAGGUGAUCCACCACGGGUCUCGCAAGCCCGUCGCCGCGGCCGACCUCCUCCCGCUGCCCGGGCCUCGCGCCGGUCGAGCCCCGCUGACGCCCAGCCGCUCUUCCCAGGAAACAUCGCCGCAACCGGGCGCCAGGCUACGCCUCCCCAAAGGCAACAAGGGCGGCGUGGUCAACGUGGUCCGGCGCCACCUGUCCCCCCAACCGCCCCGGCGUCUGGAGAGCCUGGAGGCGGCGUGGAGCGCCGGCGGUGCCCCGCGCAGCCCCGAGCGGAGGAGCGGCGACCCGGAGGAAGGCCGCCCCGGCGGGGCUCCCCGCAGCCGCAAGAAAGGAUUCAAGCCCCCCGACGUCAGGACCAUCUUCACCCCCGGGGAGAAGGACCCCCGGGUGAAAGAGGAGUCCGGGGAGGGCCACAGCUUCGGAGCCGGCGGGGAAGGCACCUGGUGCGACGUGUGCUGUCAAUACAUCUUCCAGAAGGGGCUCACCUGUGCAGGCUGCAAGUACGCGUGUCACGCCGCCUGUCGAAGCCACGUGAGCCUCGACUGUCACCCCGCCGCCGCCGCCGCAGUGGCGCCGCCGACGUUGCCCAUCACUCAGGUGCAGCUCAUCAACAACAACAACAACAACAACCAAACGCCGCCAUCACAUGAUGUGGACAAGGAGAGCAAGCUGCGCACCGAGUUCAGUCGCGAGGAGAUCAGGCAGAAGAUCGAGCUGUACAACACCAAGACCAGAGACCACCUCAAAAUGACCCUGGGUUCCAACGGCGUGUACACGGGCUUCGUCAAGGUCCAGAUGGACCUGCGGAGGCCCGUGACGGUGCGCGCCGGCCGGAGGGUCGCCUCGGCGGGGGCGGCGGGCGAGGCCUUCUACCUGCCGCGGGGGGUCAGCAACACCCUGCACAUCAGCUCGCACAACACCGUCAGACAGGUGAUCGUGGCCUUGCUCAAUAAAUUCACCGUAGCAGACAACCCGGCAAAGUACGCCCUCUACAAACGCUAUCGGCGCGAGGAGCAGGUGUACGUGUGUAAACUGUCGGACGGGGAGCAGCCGCUGUUUCUCCGUCUGGUGGCGGGACCCGACGACGACACGCUGGGCUUUGUGCUGCGCGAGCAGCAAACCGGAGAAGUCUUGUGGGACGCCUUCUCCGUUCCGGAGCUGCGCAACUUCUUGCGCAUCCUGGACAAGGAGGAGGAGGAGCAGAAGGUGGCGCUGCUCCGCCGCUACGACGUCUACCGCCACAGGCUGAAGGAGGCGCUGAGGGAAGUGCGUGCGUGCAGCGGAGCGGAGCGGCCCAGUAAGACUUGAACAGCGCCAGAGGGCCAUUUUUCUUUUUUUUUCGGCUUUGGUGUUGAUAACGUGGCAAAGGAGAGCCCACUGGACUUUUUCAACUGAUAUGCCUGCCUGCCACAAGAGACUCAUUGAAUUCCCUCACUACAGUCUGUACAGAUUUUGCUUUCUUAAUUUAUAUGGGUGGAGCUUUUUUCUUUUUUUUUUUUUAUUUGAAAGAGUUGAGCGGCAAAACAAUCACAGUUGAGCGGCAAAACAAUCACAAUGCAGACAAGCGAAGAAAAACACAAGGAAGUUACGCUAGGAAGAUGAGAAAGUUGGAGUCGCCGGCUGGAGCGCUUUCGGAAGUAAAGCAUGCAAAGAAGAGGAAGUCGAAUAGAAAUGUAACCAAGUAGAGGAACGAAAAAGAGACUGAGGCGGGCCCAUAGCGUUUGGGAGCGCCGUCUGGCAAGCGAGCGUUGGGUGCUUUCAAGUGACCAGGAGGAUGGGGAAUUGUGGUGAACAGGAAAGAAACAUUUGUCACAAAAUUCACUCAAAUACUCGUAGUUUGAACCUAAAAUGUGCUCCAAUCUUUUACUUUUUUUCAUUUUGGAUUCAUCCGGAAAUUUUCAUACAUGAGCACGAGGAGGCAAAUGAUUUGUUACGAAAAAAUCUUUUAGUACACGCCACCCAAUUCCGUGACAGCAUAAUGUCUAGUCAAACAGCACCUUCUAGUGGACAAAAGCCGCAACUACUAUCCAACUUGAGUCUCCUAUUUGUAUUUUUCAUAUUCUCGGGCGAUAUAACCAAAGAUAAAUUUGUGGUGUUGCCUGGUGCAAAAAGAAAAAGUAGAUGCAGAAUAUAUCGAGUAGAGGUUUAUUUAAAUGAUUUUUAGGUCUAAUAAACACUGGCUUUACACGGAAGCAUGGAAUGUUCAGAAGCAAAACUAAAGAGGGCAUUAUUUGAACUAGUUAGAAAAUGCAAACAAAAUAGGGCAUUUUGGCGAUUUUCUUCAAUGAUGUAACGUUAAUUCAAAUGAAAUUUGUCUUGGGCCUUUGUAUGCUUCCGUGCUUAAUUAGAACGUAUCCGUGAAGACACGUAUCACUUGUUGUAAGCUGUUGCUCAGUUGUAUCAACUUAAAGGCUUGUCUUUAUUUUUUAGGGGCACUUUAAAUGACUUCAAUUCAGGGAUGACGGGUUAAUGAUGAUUUUUGUACUUGAUCUUGGCUUUUUUUUUUUGGCUUUCCUAUUUUGAGAGUAUACACUGAAUCAGUCAUGUUAGCCUCAUGUAUGUGCAUGAUGUGUUACUAUGGCAACAUGUUAUCCAAAGGCUGGUUGAUGCACGGUCUUAAUGUUUUCAAACUGGAUGUUUGAGACGAUGUUAGUCGUCCUCAUUCGAAUGGACGUUAAUCGGUUGCCGAUUUCCAAGCCUUGAAGCCAUAUUGAAGCGAGUAGUCCAGAAAACCUCAGCAGUGCCUUUCUGUUGUUUAAUAGCAAGUGGAGAUGGAAGGAAAUGGUUGUAUUUUUGUUGUAAUGGUCUCUUUCCGCAGCAGAGAGAAAGAACUGUGCAGCUAUUCAAAGUAACCUUUAUAAUAAAAGUUCAUUGUAA